AUGCACUUAAGGUCUUUAAAGUCAUUAGGACAGCCUACAGAAUCAUGGGAUACUUUAAUUAUAUAUUUGGUAUUCACUAAACUUGAUCCAGUGACAAUUAGAGAAUGGGAAUCAAAGGAUUUCAUGAAUGAUACUCCUAAGUUGGAAGCUUUUCUCACAUUUUUGAAACAAAAGUCAAAAAUGCUUAAAAGAAUGGAGGAAAAACCUACAGAGGCAAAUUCAAGCCAAAACGUAAAGGGACAAACUUCUAAACCACCAGCAGAGUCUAGUAAUAGAUCUAAUUCUCAUGUUCAGAGAAGUUAUCAAAUCUCAAAUCGUACUUGUGCAUCAUGCGAUGCUCCAAAUCAUAAAAUUUAUACAUGUACAAAGUUUCUAAGGUUGUCUGUGCCUGAACGAACCGAUUUAGUCAAAAAAUCCAAUUUGUGCAUUAACUGUCUAAAUCGGGGGCAUCAAGUAAACAAUUGUAACUUUGGUCAUUGCAAAAAUUGUACUGUUAAGCAUCAUUCUCUGUUGCACGUUUCCGAACCUUCUACAUCUAACACCAAUACGCAACAGUCUCUAUUUACAUUUAAUUUAAGUUCAAAACAGGUACUUCUAUCCACUGUCUUGUUAGAGGUAGUUGAUUCAAAGGGAAAUCGUCAUGAUUGCAGAGCACUUUUAGAUCCAGGGAGCCAGUCUAAUUUCAUUAGUUCACAUUUAUGCCAUAAACUUGCACUACCAAGAAAGCCUACAAAUAUUACGAUUUCAGGGGCAUUCAAGGUGGAAUCCAAAAUUCAGGCUGUUUGUCAAAUUCAAAUUGUGUCUAAAAACACUCCAUUUACUGCUCCUUUAGUCUGUUUGGUAGCUCCAGAAAUAUGCGAUGUUGUACCCGAAGCUCCUAUUGUUCCAGUAUCUCUUUCGAUACCUACAUUUCAGAAAUAA